UUGAAGCCUGACCACAUCAGCGACAUCUCUCCGCUCUCCUCUCCCCAAACCCUCCUAGGGUUCUUGAUCCUCUUCUCAACUUCCUCUGUGAAAAAUCAUGGGCAAGAACAGGAACAAGAACAAGAAGAGACCCUGCCAUGACCACCGUCCUCCAAUCCCACUCCCCCGCAUCAAAAAACACCGUCCAUUAUCUCCGACACAAACGCAAACGCCAACACCUGCACCGUCCCUUCCCCCCACCAGAAACCCACCACAGCUCUCUACUAAGCGCCCAGCCUUCGCCUCAUACCUUGACGCCCCCGACCUCCCUCCCAAAGUGAAGCUCCUCUGCGGGAUUGUCGCCACCACUGACUCCCCCUCCGUCGAGGAGGCCCUCAAAGACACCGGCCUCCGCGUCACACAAGCCGACGUCGAGCACGUACUCAAGCUCUCCUACGCUUUCCCCGGACCCGCCCUCAAGUUCUUCCGCUGGUCCGGCCGCCAGCUCAACGACAACCACAGCCCCUACGCCUUGAACCUCGUCGUGGACCUGUUGGGCAAGAAUUCCCUCUUCGACCCCAUGUGGAGCGCCAUAAAAUCCAUGAGCACGGAGGGCCGCUUGCUCUCCCUGGCCACCUUUGCCUCCGUCUUUAGCAGCUAUGUCAUCGCCGGCCGCGUCCGAGAAGCGUUCCUGACGUUCGAGGUCAUGGACCAAUACGGUGUUCCGCGCGAUAUCGUGGCGUUGAAUUCGCUUCUGAGCGCAAUUUGUAGAGACGGGGAGACUGCGGAUGCGGUGGAGUUCUUGCGGGUUGCGAAGGAGAAGAUCAGGCCGGACGUGGAUACGUAUGCGAUCCUGUUGGAAGGGUGGGAGAAGGAAGGCAAUGCUGAUUGUGCUAGGCAGACUUUCACGGAGAUGGUGUUUGAGAUCGGUUGGGACCCGAGCAAUGUGCCCGCUUACGACUCGUUAUUGAGCACUUUAAUUAAGGGCCCUGAUGGGCCUCGCGAGGCGAUGAAGUUCCUCGAUAUGAUGAAGGAUAAACGGUGUUAUCCGGGUUUGAAGUUCUUCAAGGUUGCUCUCGACGAGUGUUCGAAGAAAGACGAUGCUCGUGGAGCUGCAUUGGUUUGGGACGCGAUGGUGGGUGAGAUUGGUUUUAGACCCGACACACAGAUGUAUAAUUCGGUCAUUGCUUUAUAUUGUCGAUGUAAGGGUACAGAUUUAGCGAAAAGGUUGUUGGAUGAGAUGAUUUGUUAUGGGUCAUUCCCGGAUUCACAAACUUACAACGUGGUCUUUCAGUACUUGAUGAAGAGCAGGAGGUUAGGGGAGGCUUCGGUGAUGUUCAAUGAGAUGAUUAAAAAUGAGUGUGUUCCAGACCAUGUUAAUUGUAGUUCAGCAGUUAGGAUUUAUAUGGAUUCUCGGGAAUAUAACAUGGCUAUAAAAGUUUGGAAAUGCAUGACAGAGAAUUAUAAUUCUGAUUUGGAGAAGACUGGGAAUCUGUUGGUUGUGGGGCUUCAUGAUAUGAAUAGGCUUCCAGAAGCAGUUAAGUAUGCUGAGGAUAUGAUUGGUAGAAGAAUCAAGUUGAACCCUUCCACAUUGUCAAAGCUGAAACAAAGCCUUUUCAAAUCUGGAAAGCAACUUGUGUAUGAUGAACUUUUUAGAAAGUUCAAAUAUCAGUAGGAAGGAAGCAGUUUUCAAAUUCUUUCUAUGGCUCUCUUUGUUGGACUGCAACCAUUUUCUGGAAGGGGGAAAGAGUAAUGUUUCAAUCGAUUAUGUGAUUCUUGGUUUUGGCUCCUCUCUGGUGACUUCUUGGCCAUAUGUUCCUGUCACCCUGAGAAUGUUGCUAUUUCUGCUGCACAUCAGUGACAAAAGAGCUUUGAGAACCACCAUGUGGCAAGCAUUUUGUGGUAGCUCAGUUGAACCACAAAACUGUCUGAUUCGUUGAUUUUAGCUGUUUGAUUCAAAUUGAAUUCUUAGAUGAUGGGUCAGUUUGGAGAUAUUGUGUAUGAGAGAGCAUUUAGAUCACAAGGUAACUAUUAUCCAAUCAAAACUGAUUAUUUUCUGCACUUGGUCCUGCAACUUAUUAGAUGGUGGAUAUUUAUCUAAAAAUUCAAUUGGAAAUGGUCACGAAUUACAAGAUUUUAGUGCUCAUUGUCAGAGUGAAGUCUCUGGUAAUGAGCCACAGUAAAUUUUCUUUCAAGUUUA